GUAGCGAAAGAUUCACAUCUAGUGCUGAGCUCGUGCUCUUCGCUUGACUUUUGUAGUGCAUAAAAAAAAGUUGUAGACCGUAAAAAAAUUAUUAAACAUUUAAGUAAGAAAACCAACAACAAAAACAACGCAAUGGCAGCCAAGAACGAUCCGCAUUAUGACGACCAGGACAACGGUGAUGACUACAAUGAUGAUAACAGCCAGCAGCAGGACGAUGACAAUCAGUAUGAUAACGACCAGGAUGGCGAUGACCAGGACGGUGACGACGAUAGCGGCGGUAAUGGUAACAAUAGCAAGAUUUCCAACGUCGGCGAUAGUCCUAAGUACAUACGCUUGCGUGGCUUGCCCUGGUCGGCUACCCAUCAGGAAAUCUUGAACUUCCUUGAGAAUGUGAACGUCAAUAAUGGCUCGCAGGGCAUACAUUUGGUCACCAGUCGUGUGGAUGGCAAAAACACAGGCGAAGCCUACGUUGAGGUAGCUAGCCAAGAAGAUGUUGAGGAGGCGCGAAAAUUAAAUAAGGCCAGCAUGGGCCAUCGUUAUAUUGAGGUUUUCACCGCCACGCCAAAGGAGGCACGCGAAGCCAUGCGUAAGAUCAGUGGACAUGGCUCAGCAUUUGUUGUCAAGUUGCGCGGUCUGCCAUAUGCCGUUACGGAACAGCAAGUCGAGGAUUUCUUUUCCGGGUUGGAAAUCAAAACGGAUCGGGAGGGCAUACUUUUUGUUAUGGACAGAAGGGGUCGUGCAACUGGGGAAGCUUUUGUUCAGUUCGAAAGCCAGGAUGACACUGAACAAGCCUUGGGCCGAAAUCGGGAAAAAAUUGGGCACAGGUAUAUUGAGAUAUUCCGCAGCUCUAUUGCUGAAAUGAAGCGCGCCACUGGCGCCGGCGGUGGACGUCCUGGACCUUAUGAUAUACGCGACCGUGGUGCCAAUCGUGGCGGAAAUGAUUUCGGAGGCCGGAAUGAUUGGGGCAACAACGGCAACUUUGGUGUUGGUGCCAAUAAUAUGCUUGGCUUCAACAAUUUGCCAAGCUUGAUGAAUUCUGGAAACUUUGGCAACAAUGCUGCCGGCAAUUUUGGAAAUAAUGGCGGUGGUAACUUUGGCAACAAUGGCGGUGGUAACUUUGGAGGCAACAAUGGCGGCGGCAACUUUGGAAAUUUCGGAAAUAAUGGUGGCGGCAACUUUGGUGGCAACAAUGCAGGCAACAACUUUGGACAAAACGGUGGCAACUUUGGCCAAAAUUCUGGUAAUUUUGGCAACAACGGCGGCAAUAAUUUCGGAAACAAUGGCGCAUUCGGCGGCAACAACCGCUUCAACAAUGGGGGUAACAGUGGAAAUUUCGGUAAUGAUUUCGGAGAUUUUAACAACUUUGGCAACAAUCGAAACAACAAUGGCAGCAAUUUUGGUAACUCUGGCAUCGGCAACUUUGGUAAUAACAGUGGAAACGGUUUUGGAAAUUUUGGCAAUAAUGCGGGUGGAAAUUUCCGUAAUAAUGGCGGUGGUGGAAACUUUGGCAAUAAUGGAGGAGGUUUCAAUAACGGCAACAAUUUUGGCGGAGCAAUCGGUGGAGGAAACUUUGGACCCAUCGGAGGUGGCAGAAACAAUGAUUCCGAAUAUUAUACCAUUCAUAUGCGUGGUCUGCCGUAUACCUCGUUUGAAAACGAUGUAUUUAAGUUCUUCGAGCCUAUACGUCCAGCCAAUGUGCGCAUCAACUACAACAAGAAAGGACUACACAGUGGCACCGCAGAUGCUUACUUCGACACCUACGAGGACUCGCAGCUGGCCAUGAAACGGCAUCGCGAACAGAUGGGAUCACGUUAUAUUGAGUUGUUCUACGAUGGAAAAACACGCCGCAACUCUAACGGUGGAUGUGGGGUUGGAGGCGGCGGCGCUGUCGUUGGCGGCAACAAUAUUGGCAAUAUGGCAGGCAACAUGGGCAUUGGCGUUGGUGGUGGUGGUGGUGUCGGCGGCGGCGGUGGUGCUGGCGGCGAUGGCGGCUACUUCUCGCGCCGCAUUUAAGUUGCUGAUCUUCAUAGUUAUAACGCCUAUUCCUUACAUGGCCCAUUGUUAAUGGAGGUACCCUAACUUUGUCAGCUAUCAACAUCCGUCGAACACUGUUUUAACCAGCGGACAAAGGCACUUGUCGGUAGUAAUAGAUUCAGCAAACCAUUCGUAAAAUAUAUUAUUUUAGCUUCUAAUUUCUCGUACACAAAUCUUAGGUAUAUUAUUUAAGAUCACACACCUCACGCAAGAUUUUGGCAAGUAAAAAAAUACAAACACAUACAAAUCUGAAAACUACA